AUGUCGUGUGUCUGUGAUUUCUGCUGGGCGCUGCCGAAUCAGCAGACGGUGGAGUACCCGAGCUUCAAGCUUGUGAUUGUCGGCGAUGGAGGCACUGGGAAAACCACAUUUGUGAAAAGGCAUCUCACGGGCGAAUUUGAGAAGAAAUACGAACCUACCAUUGGUGUCGAGGUUCAUCCAUUGGAUUUCUUCACUAACUGCGGGAAAAUUAGAUUUUACUGCUGGGACACAGCUGGUCAGGAGAAAUUUGGUGGCCUUAGAGACGCUAGAUUGACUUACAAGAAUGUCCCGACAUGGCAUCGCGAUCUUUGCCGUGUUUGUGAGAACAUCCCAAUUGUGCUCUGUGGGAACAAGGUUGAUGUGAAGAACAGGCAGGUGAAGGCGAAACAGGUUACCUUCCACCGCAAGAAGAAUUUGCAGUACUACGAAAUAUCGGCAAAGAGUAAUUACAACUUCGAGAAGCCCUUCUUGUACCUUGCCAGGAAACUUGCUGGGGAUCCUAACUUACACUUUGUUGAGUCUCCUGCUCUUGCCCCACCUGAAGUUCAUAUUGAUUUGGCUGCUCAACAACAGCACGAAGCUGAACUUGCAGCAGCAGCUAGCCAACCUCUUCCUGAUGACGAUGAUGAUGCUUUUGAUUAAACAGAUAUACUCAAAAGCUUUGAUUUCUCUCAUGUGUUUCUUUUGUGCCUUGCCAAAUUUUUCGCGUGUUUUAUGGGAUUUGAGGGGUUUUCUUCCACUCCAUUUUUUUUAUAUUUGAGUUUUUGUUUUUAUAACUUGUAGUUUGUGAUGGUUGUUGUUGUGCCUUCAACUGCUCUUGGAUUGUGAUAGACUUUGUUGAAGAUGGUUUUGAUCUUCAGAAUGUUCCUUGCAAGUAUUUCUUCAUGUUGCCUUUUGAUGUGAUGUAGACCGUAUAAACAACCCAUAUAUCUUUUGUGUUUUGAUUC